AUGACCCGCCUCACCCUCCCCCUCACGAUCGCGCUCACCCUGCUUUUGGCUGUGGCCUCUUUGGCCGCCCCGGUCCCCGCCGCCAUCCCAGCCGCCGUCCCCGCCGCCGUCCCCGCUCCGGUGCCAGGCUGCUCAGACGGACUCUGCGAGCGCGACUACAAGCCGCCGUACAAGCCAACUUCGGGGGGGUAUAAGCCGCCGUACAAGCCCACUUCGGGGUAUAAGCCGCCUGUUAAGUAUUAUACCUAAGCCAUCAAAGGACAUAUGGGAGACGGUGCGGUGGUGCAUAAUGAGGGGGGGUGGGGAUGGUUGGAAGUUGGGUUCGGAGAGAACAGAACAGA